CUCUUCUCGUCCCACACAACAUUUUUUACCUGCAACACACCCACCAUCACCCCUCCAGGGGCAUCUGCAGGAGGAUUAUUAUCUAAUCACAGCUCUAAUAGGACCAAACAAGAUCCAGGACGAGAUCCAGAGACCAUUUCCUACUAAAAAACACACACAGCAGCACUCACAAACCGCCUCGCUCUCCUCCUAUACACGCCCCACAUACAUCAGUAUGUCUUUAGUACAGGCAGAAAGAGGAGAGACGGAAUAUUAGUAUUCAGAGCACAGGGAGGAAAAGGAGGAGAGGCAGCGAGCGAGCAAACGAGGGAGAGUGAGAGGGAGGGGACAGUAGGAAAAAAAAACACAAGGAGGGGAUGAAAAUAUAAGAGAAGAAGAGGGGAAACCGAGAGGUAAAAGAGGGGAGGGGAGACAGGGAUCAUAUUGUUCAUUUCUUCCCUCUCAGUCUGCCUUCGCCGGUUCCUGCUCGGACAGAUGGAUAGGUGCGGAAUGCCCCUUUACGAGCGACGCAUCUGAGUGAAAACAGCGGAGGAGAGAGAGCGGAGGACGAGCAGCAGGAGGAGCCCAGCGGUUCCUGCGACGCAGAAAGGUGCAGUUGGAGGGUUUCCACACAGUCUUUGAGAAGUCAGCCUCCUGUCCAGGUGGAUUGGUGGAGGAAACGGACUUCACCGAUGCAUGCUUCGCGGUCCUGCUGGAGCUAAACACGCCUGCUCUGUUCACACCUCUCAGUGAAGAACGAUGGUUUUGAAUUCACACCACAGAUAAAUCCAUUUCCUCUAUCCAAGAAACUUUCACUCAAACCUGCCUUCCAAAUUCAGCAUGACCAACAAGAGUUGAUUCCAGAAGAAGGGACAGGACCCCCCGCAGAGUCGCUGCUGUUCUUCCUGCAUCGUCUUUUCCAGUUGACUCCUUGUGAAAAGAGGUGGACCGGCCGGCACUGUGCUUCUGCAGGAGGCCGUCCGAUUGGUGAGGGCGGCGAGGGCGGCGCUGUCGUCGGCUGACUGCUGCGGUGGGAGUGCGAUGCGGAUUGGAGCAUGUCGGGGGACUGGGACGAAGACCUGUGUAAGAAGGCGCUGACGCUUUUGGAGGAGCUGUGCUUCAACUCCCAGAGAGUUUACAGCCAGAGCAAACAGUGCCAGGAGUUCAGCUACCUGGUGAGGGGCCACAACAGGCAGCUGGACGCAGAAAUCUCCGUCAGCCUGCUGUCGGUCAUCGUGACGUUCUGCGGCAUCGUCCUCCUCUCCGUGUCCCUCUUCGUCUCCUGGAAGCUCUGCUGGCUGCCAUGGCGCGACAAGGAGGGCGGCGGGCUGAGCCUGACGUCGGGGCUGCUGCCCGGGACCGCCGGGUUGCAAGGGGCCGCGGGGCCGUCGCUUUUACCCCCGCUGCUGCAGAGGAAGGAGGGCCAAUCCUCUUCCUCGCUCUACCCCUCGCUGGGGCAGCAGGGACACCCCCACUUCUCUGACCUGGUGGGGCUGGAGAGAGGGGAGGGCGGAGGCGUGGCUGGGGGCCCAAACGAGACCCAGGAGCAUUCGUACCUGGACAUGGACUCUUACCCCAACAAUGCUGGGACUCUGAAGCUGAGUCAAACAUCGCCGGAUGUCCCCAACUCAGAGGGCGGGGCCCAUCCCAACAAAGAGCUGCCCAACGCCCUUUCCCAGCAGCAGGUCACCCCGCGACCCAAGCCCAUGACUCACCAGCUCUCCAGCCCUGAUUUCCACGGCGAGGAGAAGGAGCAGGUCACCUGCAUCGGGCAGAUCAAGCCGGAGCUUUACAGGCCCAAAGGCGAUCAGGGCGAAGGCAAGCAGGGCGACACCUGCGGCAAGAUCUGCUUCCUGCUGCGCUACGCCUUCAAUACGGAGCAGUUGGUGGUUAAGAUACUGAAAGCUCUGGACCUGCCAGCGAAGGACGCCAACGGCUUCUCCGACCCGUACGUGAAGAUCUACCUACUGCCAGACAGAAAGAAGAAAUUCCAGACGAAGGUCCACAGAAAGACCUUAAACCCAGUGUUCAAUGAGACGUUCCAGUUCGGCGUGCCGCUGAACGAGCUACAUUCCAGGAAGCUGCAUUUCUCUGUGUACGACUUCGACCGCUUCUCCAGACACGACCUGAUAGGUCAAGUGGUGGUGGACAACCUGCUGGACUUCAGCGAGGGCAGCGGGGACAAACCCAUCUGGAGGGACAUCGUGGAGGGAACGGCGGAGAAGGCUGAUCUCGGGGAGCUUAAUUUCUCGCUGUGUUACCUGCCCACCGCAGGCAGACUCACCGCUACAAUCAUCAAGGCCACCAACCUCAAAGCCAUGGACCUGACGGGUUUCUCAGACCCGUACGUGAAGGCGUCCCUGAUAUGCGACGGGCGGCGGCUAAAAAAGAGGAAGACCUCCAUCAAGAAGAACACGCUGAAUCCCACAUACAACGAGGCGCUGGUGUUUGACAUUCCCAAUGAAAACAUCGAGAGCGUCUCCAUCAUCAUAGCAGUGAUGGAUUAUGAUUGCAUCGGUCAUAACGAGGUCAUAGGCAUGUGUCGAGUGGGCAGCGAGGCUGACGGUCCCGGGAGGGAACACUGGGCGGCCAUGUUGGCAAACCCUCGGAAACCGAUAGAGCACUGGCAUCAGCUCGUUGAGGAAAAAGCAAUUGGUACAUUCGUAUCAAAAAGUGCCACUACCCCAAAGCCGCAUAUUGUGGUGGACAGCCCCCACUCUGAUUGAAACGGUCAUUAUCAUCUCUACAGCUCCAGAUUUUCCUUUUUUUUUAUUUUCUCUCUUGUUUUCUUCUCCUCUCAUCUGUGAAUAAUUCUCUCCAUCAAAGACAAGAGAGACGCGGAGACGCUGCCAGUGUCCAGCUGCUAGUGCCGUUUUGCUCCUGCUAAUGAAUACUCUGACUUCUGCGCUGUCUGCCGAGCUGGAGGGGAGGGGGCGGAGCUUCACCCGUCCUGAGCUGCAGUGUGAACAUCAGACUACAAACACAUGCAGACAGGAACAAAGUCAGGUGUAAAUCUGGGACCUAGCAAGAAGCGCACACACUUUCCUCUCUCUCGAUCUCUGUCAUACACACACACACACACGGAUACACAGAGUUUGUAGUAUGUGUGUAGUUCAUGUGCUCUUUGGAUAUGUGUAGCAGUGACGUGCGAUUAGGAGAGGCAGGUGAGGCAGUGCUUCACCUGUAUGAGUAAAAAUAAGAGGUAAAAUCAAACUAUCCAUUUUAAUUUUCUAUAAAUUGUUUUUUUUAUUGGUCAUUUCAACAUUUUCAUGGUCAAAUUCACUGAAUUUCCGCUGCAUUGCCUGUUGAAAUGCUUUAAAGAAGCCCGGUGCGAGGCAGUGUAGUGCUGUGCCUCACCUCUGGGGGCGCUGUAUCGCCAGUUUACUUGUUUAAUUGCACAUGUUGGCUUUCCACCAUAUGUUUGGGACACAUUUAGUCCCAAACAUAUGGAACUGAGGGAAAAGGAAGUAGUUCUGUUAUAUGCUAGCUUGACUAUGAUAAAUGUAACAUGUUCAUGUGCUGUAGAAUUCUGUGUUUCAGUUCAGUUAAAAAAAUUAAAAAGGUGAUCUCAACAGCAACUCUGACAGAUCAUCAGUCGAGCAGGUGUUUAAAUUAACUAAUCUACCACCACAGUGUUAGCUUAGCUGAUAGCUGCGGUAGCUAACCUACCACGGCGAUCACUUAUUAAUAAUCGCAAAACAAACAUAAAGUCUAACAACAAAAUACUGUGACGAACUGGAUGUUCUGUUCUUUGUGUGGAAAGUGUUUAGGUGUUUUUUGAUGCUGAAUCCUGAAACAAAGUGGCGUUGUUGUCAGUUGCUAUGGCAACGAGCCUGCGUUGAGUGUAGUCGACAAAUAGAGCGAGAAAAAAGUAGUUUGCAAUUGUUCUUCAACGGAUUUUCUCCGUUAUUUUUCCCUUUGCUGUGACGCACUGCACUAAACUGAUAACGAUCAACUAAAUCUCCAGGUUUAGUUAACCGUUCUACCGCGGCAGAAGGAAUCAUCUUUUGCUCUCCAGCUAUUUCCGGAUGUAAACAACGACAUGCGAGGAGUCCAUAUUGGAUUUUGGACUCCGGUGAAGUCCGUGCCUCGCCGGUCGUGAGCCUCACCGCACGUCACUGAUGUGUUGUAGUUCAUUCUAGACAAAAAAAUAAGAAAAAGAAAGCCAUCAUCGAGUGGUCGUUUCAACCAGGACCAAAGCUUCAUGCACUUGUACAGACUAUGGAGAGAAAGUUCAGCUUCAGGAGGAGGAACAAAAAAACUCAAACCAUCCGUUUUGCAUCCAUUUGGCGGUUUGAGGGAAGACGUCGAGCUCCUAUUGAUGUCAGAUGAACGGAAAAAUGAGGACGGACUCGUCGGCCUCAGCAUGUUGCGCAACCUUGAAACGUGUCCCUCUUUGUCUUUUUUUUUUAAAUCGUCCAAAAGUCUCAACAGGAGGGGAACUUUCUCGCCAGACUUUUACGGGUUUCCAGGAUCGGGGUUGGACUGUUUGGAUCACCACUCGGUUGUUUUUCUACCAUUCCAGGACUUAAAGUUUUUGCUUUCUCAGUCGAAGAAAAGAGAAAAAAGAAAAGAAAAAGUCAUUGUUACGCUUCAACAGAUCAAAUUGUUGUCCAUAUCAUGUCUCUGACAGGACUAUAGAAGGACACACACUUCUGUGUUGCUUUUAUCAGUGUGUGUUUCAGUGUUUGUGGGCGUGUUUGUUUUGUACUUGUGUGUAUGUGUGUGUUUGACAUGUAUCUGUGCUCACCGUCGUUCCCUUUUCUGUCUCCACUCCUAAAAUUCAGGCGUCUGCACUGAGAAGUUUGCUUAAGAGCCAAACUUUGUCUCGUUUUGUCUCUAAAGAGUGUGAGAAACUAGAGUGUGUGUGUGUGUGUGUGUGUGUGUGUGUGUUCUACUCGUGCCUCAUUGCACUAUAGGUGGGGAAGCACCGUCUUUGACAGACGUUAGUUUUUAUUGUCUAUGUUGUCUCUGAUAACUGCUGCCAGUCACCAGUGAGCCCUCCUCUCCUCGCGAACCCUUUUGCCUGAUGUAAGUAACCGUGUUAAUCGUGUUCUUCUUUCACUAAUUUAUGUGCUGAAUGUUGGCGUGAAAAACUCAGAUGGGAUCGAAAGUGGUGAAGUGCUGGUGUAUUUUGCUUAUAAUUAUUCAAAGGAACACAACAACUUUAAAAAAAUUAAAAAACUGCUGUUUUACAGGCUGAUAACUGAAAGUACGGAAUCCCAUUCCUGCCUAUUUUAGACUGGCACAUUGCAUGCCAUUAUCUGGAGUUAAAAAGUUAUAAUAAUGGCACUCGAAGGAAUCAUUUAGUUUAUAUCGAAGGCAUAUUUAGGAAAUAAAAUAUCAAAAUUGUGAGUUUGAAGGUUAUAAUUACAUUGAAAAGAGUUUAAAAAUAUUUUUUUGUGCAAUUUAAAUUUCAAUAUUUAUGAAAAUAAAUUAAGAAGUCCUAUUAUGUGACAAAAAUGUUCAGUUUUUAAAGUAGUAGCUUCAUAAAAUUCAGAAAUAUCAAUUCAAAUCAUAAAAGUAAAAAAGAUGUCAACAAUUAGAUAAAAUUAAAAUUCUAUAAAAUUAGUUUACUUUUAUAAAAAAUACAUUUUCUUUAAAAAAAUAUAUAUAUAUUUCCAAGGAAAAUUGGAUCAAAAUUGUGAAUGUAAUGUUUAUGAGAUUCAAAGAUAUAUUUUUUUAAUGUCUUUCAAAAACAAACACUCAAAAUUAUGAUUACAAAAGUAAUGUUACAAAACUGUGUCAUAAUUUUGAGUAAAGCAAUUAUAUAUUAACAUUAUCAUGAGAUGUCAAGUCAUACUUUGGUUCUGAAAUCACAUUUUUUUUAAAAGUAAAUAAAAUGAAAGAAAUUAGUUUAAACUGAAAUUAUUUUUUUAAAUUUGAGUUUCAAAGUAACUGAGUUAAAAAGUCAACCAUUGUGAAACCCAUAAUAAAUUGGGUUUCAAAUCUGAAUGAUGAAUUUAUUUUCAUUAAUCUCUGUCAAACAUUCAAAUUAUCAUGAUAAAAUUCAAAGUUCACAUUUCCCACUGCUGACACAAAUAUUUUAGAAACCCAGUGUGGCAGUUAUGGGCUCCCGUACGAGUCUGGAACCCCCUGAAACAAAGCCGACAUGGAGGGAGGAAAAAACCAGCACUUAUAAAUCAGCCGAGUUCUAAAACCACGCCUGUCACUGCUAAUGCGACUGAAGUUGAGCAGAACAGUAACGCUCGGCGUAUUGUUGCCACUACUCUCUAAUCCGCUCCCGCACAAACACGCCGUGUUCUCCAGAGGGGGGAUCUACUUUCUUUCUCUUUACAUCCGGAUGAAGGAAAUCAGGUCACUCGCUCUCUGUUCUCCGUGUUUCUCCAGUCAGGAGAUGAUCAAUCAGCUCGUUGAAGGUGAUAUUGAUUCAUUGGAGCUCCAUAAUAAUUCUCCUCCUUCUCUUUCCCUUCGGCUCCCUUCUUCUUCUCCUUUUCAUUCCACCUGCUUGUUUUUAUUGGUUUUUUCCCCAGCCCUCCAUCUUGUCAUGUUUCUUAUCGUUUGCCCUCUCUCCUGCCGUCUUCUCUUGUUCGUGCCAGUCCCGAAUGGUCAUGGGGAAACAUGUUUGCAUGCUUAUAUUAACACGAAUGAUGUCAACUUGAUGCAAUGAAAAAUUCUAUAAGAGAUGCUUUAAGCAAAAAUUUGACAAUGAACUUGAUACUAAUACUACUAAUGACGACUAAAUGGAGACCUAGUAGUUUAAUCUCUGUUGUCAAAAAAACUACAACAACGAUGAAAAUGACGUUGAUGCUGUGUUUAUCAGUGUUCUGUUUCCUUUCUGUCAGUUUACAGUUGUUUUUUAUAUAUAUAAUUUAUUCAAGAAGUUUACUUUUUUAUUGGUUGUUGGUGAGAUUGAGGGCGAUUGUUUCAGUCCGGACAGGUCACAGGAUGUUGGUGAAUGUGUAAGUAACGGCGUGGCUGAAGCAACAAUAAUGGAAAUAAAGGAUCUGUAUCAUC